AUGUCUGCUCCUGCUGCUUUCUCCGACAUCGCCAAGGCGGCCAACGAUCUCCUGAACAAGGACUUCUACCACAACAGCGCCGCCAACCUCGAGGUUAAGUCCAAGGCUCCCAAUGGCGUCACCUUCAACGUGAAGGGCAAGUCUGCCCACGAGGGUCCCAUUGCUGGCUCCCUCGAGGCCAAGCCCCGGAAACGCAAAAAACAAUGCGAACAUCCCUUGCGCACACCACCCGUCCCUUCGUCCCCAGCAGUACUUGAGGAUAGGUUCACGUUCAUGUUUGCGUGCAGCCAUGCCCCAUCCCAGCGCUUCUUCCUUCACUUCAUGUCCAGGAUUGUGGAACAUGCAGGAAUGCUAAUUAUCCGUCCCCACCCAGGCCUUACCCUCACCCAGGCUUGGACCACUGCCAACGCCCUCGACACCAAGCUCGAGCUCGACAACAACAUCGCCAAGGGUCUCAAGGCUGAGAUCCUGACCCAGUACCUCCCUGCCAAGCAGUCCAAGGGUGCUAAGCUCAACCUCUACUUCAAGCAGCCCAACCUGCACGCCCGUGCCUUCUUCGACCUCCUCAACGGCCCCUCCGCCAACUUCGACGCUGUUCUCGGCCACGAGGGCUUCCUCGUCGGUGCUGAGGGUGGCUACGACGUCCAGAAGGCCGCCAUCACCAAGUACUCCGCUGCCGUUGGCUACAGCGUUCCCCAGUACUCCGCUGCCAUCACCGCUGGCAACAACCUGACCGUCUUCUCCGCCAGCUACUACCACCGCGUCAACGCUCAGGUUGAGGCUGGUGCUAAGGCUACCUGGGACUCCAAGACCGGCAACUCCGUCGGCCUUGAGGUUGCCAGCAAGUACCGCCUUGACCCCUCUUCCUUCGCCAAGGCCAAGAUCAACGACCGUGGUGUUGCCGCUCUGGCCUACAACGUUCUCCUCCGCCCUGGUGUUACCCUCGGCCUUGGUGCUUCCUUCGAUACCCAGAACCUGAACCAGGCUGCCCACAAGGUUGGCGCCAGCUUCACCUUCGAGGCUUAGAUGAAUUUUCCUUGUUUUCAGCACCCGCCCAUGCCUAGUCCUUUGUGCUCCGAUACUGCCUGAUAGAGUAGAUUUUGGAAGUCAUUGAGAUGAUCGAUUGAUUCCUGGUUGUCUCUCGUCCGGCUGUUGGUAUACGCGGGAUAGGAGUUGGGAGUGGGCGCGGGGUUGUUAUAUGGAUGUUUAGAUAAUAAUCAUGUAUCACACCCUUUCAACGAUAGUGUAUAUCAA